AUGACUGGCAGCCAUUGCCCCAAACACUCCACGGAUUUCAGCCUCAACUAUCCCUCCAUCGCGAUCGACAAGCUUGCGCCGGGCGCCAGCCGCACAAUCUCAAGGAUCGUCACGAAUGUAGGCACCGGAAGAUCUUCCUACACUGUCGCCGUGGCGCCGCCGAGCGAUGCCGCGCUUGCCAUCGCCGUGAACCCUAAAACCCUAGAUUUCUUCUUCACUGGCCAGAAGCUCUCUUACACAGUCACGCUAUCUUUGAAUAAGGAAGCGGCGGGAAAGAGCUGGAUAUUCUCUGCUUUGACUUGGACCGAUGGCACCCAUCAAAAGCUUCAUUCCACUCUCUCUUUCCAUGAAGUGUUUCUUGCGGGAGGUUCACAUCCAAAGUUUUCCAUCGCGGCCACGAAAACUAUCACCGCCUCGUCCACAGCGGCAUUGCUUGCUGCUCUAAAGGCUUGUAGCGGCCGGGCAACGAAAGAAGAUGCCACAGAAGUUAAUGGAAGGCUUGUCAAGGCCAAGUCUCUGCAAGAAGGUAUGGAAAUUCAUUCUCAGGCUGGCUGCUUACGGGACGUGUUCGUGGCUAGCAGCUUGGUGGACAUGUACGCGAAGUGUGGAAGCCUGGAAAAGGCUCGCAACGUUUUCGAGGCGAUGCCUUGGCAGAACGUUGUGUCAUGGAACGCGCUGAUGCUCGGGUAUGCUGAGAAUGGGGAAGAGGAGGCAUGUGUGAACUUACUUUCGUGUUUAGUGCCGAGGCUUCGAUCACCGAGAACUUACGCGAUUGCUCUCAAGGCUUGCAACAAAUUAGCAGCAAAGGAAGAAGGCCAGAGCUAUGGUGAACAGGAGCUUGUCAAAAUCAAGAGCCUGGAGACGGGUAUGAGGUUGCAUUGUCAGGCUGCUCGGAGUGGUUUUGACGCGGAAAUUUUUGUUGCUGGCAGCUUGAUUGAUAUGUAUGCCAAGUGUCGGAGCUUGCGGGAUGCUCGCAAAGUUUUUGAUACGAUUCCUUGCUACGACGUGGUGUGUUGGAACUCGCUCAUGUCGGGCUACAUUGAAAACGGUGAGGGAGGCACAGCUUUGGCAUUGUUUGAUUGUCUUGGCAGUUUAGCGGAUAGUCUAAGCUAUGUUGUUGCUUUCAGAGCUUGCGCUGGUCUGGCAGUGGAAGAAGAAGCUAAGAAAGGCAGUGUGAAGUGGUCACCAGCAUUAUAA